CCAGUACGCCUCGGGCCUCGGGCUGGAAAAGGUUGGUGGCGGGCCUGUCCAGGACCUCAGUUCGGCCUCAGAAAGGCGUGGGACAGGUAGCGGACAGGUGAUUCUUUCUCUUCGAUCAACCUUUCGCGAGUUGACAGGAAGGGCAUCGCUGCCGUCAUUCAUUUUUGCAGAUGCCAUAUUCUUGACCCUUCUCUGGUUUUUAUGCCGUGGAUUUUUUGCCCAUUUACUUGAUGUUUUUCCGUUUCUUUUAUUUCUUUUUCAUUUUUUGUGCUUGGGAGCGAACCGAGGAAUGAUAAACUUUUUAACAGCUUUAUGGAUACGCAAUGACAAUGAUAGAGUUUUAAUUGCCACUGACAUAUCUACGAAAAGCUUCCUACGUACUUACGUUUUAGAGGACACGGCGAUGUUGUAUACUGUUUGAAAAUCUGUACGAUCGUCCUCUCAGUAAGAAAGUCUCCCAACAUCGACAAGAAAAGACAGGGGGUUGUUAAGAAAUGAGUAAACACAUCGGAUUAUUGCUGAAUCGUCUAAGGAAGAACACCGUAAUGAUUCUCAGUUGGAUUCCCCUUUUUGCCAUCUGGGCUGUAACCAGAUACAGCUCAGGGGUAAGGAUAAAGGACCUGGACGUGCCCUCGGUGGCCCUGGAGGGGGACGAGGUCCACCUCAGAUGCGAUUACGAGGACGAGGGUGGAUCCAGCCUCUACACACUCAAGUGGUACAAGGACGGGAAGGAGUUCUACAGACAUCAGCCAGGGAUUUCCCCUUACUCGGAGAAGUGCGCCGACCUCAACACUUACGACGUCGUCGGGGUGCAAGUCGAAUGCUCGACUUCGACGGAAAGGGACGUCGUGUUGAAGUCCGUGGCCAAAGAUACUUCAGGAGACUACCGGUGUGAAGUCAUCGGGGAAUAUCCUAAGUUCAGGAAGGAAAUCCGCAGUGCUCGGCUCACAGUUUUCUCGGAAGAACUUCAGCCUCCGAGAGUGACAGGAAACGAAGAAUCCUACAGAACUUUCGACUUAGUUUCUCUUAACUGCUCUUCCACAAACAAGGAAUACACUCCCGAUAUCGCAUGGAAAGUCAAUGGCCACAGGGCUUCUUCGAACUAUGUACUGAAAUACGAGGACAGACGGAGCGUGGGUCUCCAUUUCAGAGCUGUUGAUGACCUCUUCCGUCGAGGGGUGAUUGAAGUGACCUGUGUGACCUCCAUGGGGGCUUACCAUACUAGGUCGCGCAAGGUCCAUCUCACCAACAGAGACUACCUCAGUGCACAGGGCUAUUAUUAUAACUCUGGUUUAAAGAGAGGCUCUGUGUCCCUGGGGGCCGCCUUUUCCUGUUUCCUGUUCUCUGUCGCUGUGUUACUUCCUGCUGUGUAAUCUUUAUAUAUAUUUCCCGUACCUUGAUUAAUGUAAAUGUGUAAAUAAAUGUAU